AUGGGGAACACCCUUAGCACUAGCAGUGCACGUCGAGUAGUAUUGGGGAACGCCCUUACUACUACCGGGACCGCUACGAACACAACACAGUCAAUGCCACCUGUGAAGCAGCCCACGGGUAAACCGUACUCGCUUUCGGAUUCAACAGUUUCGUCGUCCCUUGACGGUGACGAUGAAGAGCUUAUGCAGCAGACUGCAGGUCGACGUAGACGACGAGAGAGUGCCGGGAGUUCUGUUAAUGACAACUCGACGCUGAAUCCGAUGGGAAUUCGCUGUAACAAUGACACUAAGCACAGGAAAAUUCCUACAACAGGAGCCUCCACAUCGCUAUCGGUGGUAAGCGGUGUACUAUCAAGAUUCAUGCCGUGCACUGGUACCCCAGUGACCUCCGAUCAUAGGGAUAACAAGCUGGACAUGGACGAUUGCUCCCUGAUCGAGCAGAAGCAUCGAGCUUUCUGGGAACUAGUGCAACACAUUCUGAAUCUUUACGACGUGGUGCUUAUGAUCCGUUUGCUGCUGGACUUUCUACAGAAUGAUCUUGAAGCGGCUGCGGCUGCCGUUUUCUUGGUCGAUCAGAACUCGCAGAGUAUGUCUCGCAUCACUCGAGGUGCACCGACGCAAUCGGGACUAGCACCGUCACGAGGACUAGUAGGUGAGACGCUGAACUCACGGUUAGCACGGUAUCUAGUAAACUUUAGUUCCGAAGAAGGAUAUGACCCCGAGGUGGACUUGGCACAUGAAUUUCCGGAACAGAAACUGUACUGCGUGCCGUUGAUGGAACAUGACGCAGUGUAUGCGAUUAUUGAAGCUACGACUGCCCAUUCUACGCGGCGUGUAAUGGAUGAGCUUCAUUUAAAGUUGUUAACGUGGUUGGGACCGAUUUUGAGCUCCUGCAUGCGUAAAUGUAUCGAGUUUCACGAUAUACUGCUGUCUGAACGUACACAGAAGGCCUUGCUUCGCACUAUUAGCUCGUCCGAUACAGAGGAUACAGUGUUAAACCUUGUGGACGGUGUGAUCGACGGAGUGUGUCACAUCACAAAAGCGGAACGUGUAUCACUGUUUAUGAUUGACUGGGAAACGGACGAGAUUUGGUCGCUUUCGUCUAGCUACUACGGUGAGACACUUCGAGUUCCUCUUCGAGCAAGCAUGCUAGGCCUCGCUGCUACUACACAGCAGACGUUGAACGUUCAGAACCCAAAGACAGACCAUCGUUACAAUUGGUUGACAGACCAACGUCAUGGCGUUCAAACGCGCUGCGUGCUGUACGUUCCGGUGGGCAAUCAGAGAUCUUCACAAGUCGAUGAAUCUGGUAGUAGUCGACCAAUCGCCGUCUUAGAGAUCAUAAAUAAGGUGGAAGAAGAAGAAGAAGCUGGUGGAUUGGCUGCUGGGUAUCGUCCAGGAUUUACAUUUGAUGACGAGUGCGCUCUUGAAGCGUUUGCGUGCGAGGUUGCGGUAAUUUUACGUCGACGCAGUAACGAGAUUGAGUACAUCAAGUUAUUAGCCGACACGCGUGCGGAGCAUGUCUUGGCAAAACGUGCUCGAAGCCAAGUAAAUCUGCUCGAGUGCUAUACGAGUUAUGCCUCCGCAGCACAUGCACAUCCUGAAGCUUGUUCACGCAAUUCAUUCGAUCCAAGUAAUCGACACGUAGACUACCUCGAGUGUGCAGCUACUGCUAAGCUUAAGGAUCAAGCUAAGGAGCCUGCUUCGACCACCACUUCAUCUGCGUUAAACGAAGUGAGCGAUCACGUUGAGCAGCGUCUUAGCAAGGUGAUUCGCCACAGGAAGCAAUACUCUGGUCGGUUGGGCUACGAAUGUUUCGAUAUUAAUGAACAGCUCCCCCUUCAGUUAUUGUUUAGCGCGCCGCAAGAAUCACGAUUUCCGUCGUGGAAUUUUAGUGUUUUUGCCACGGACCCGGUGGUUCUCCCGAGGCUACUAGAAGAGAUGUACGUGGAUUUCAAGGUGGAUGAAGUACUGCAUACGACAAAGCACCGGCUGCAAAACUUUAUUGUGGCAAUGAAAGAACAUUACCACCCGAAUCCAUUUCACAACUUCCUGCACGCGUUUUCCGUCGUCCAUGCAUCGUAUCUUCUACUUAGCACAACUGAUGCCGGCCAAUUGCUUCAGCCGUUGGACAUCGCAGCCUGUCUCGUUGCUUCGCUUGGCCAUGAUGUAGACCACCCGGGACACACGAACGACUUUGAAGUGAAGUCUGGAUCACAGCUAGCGAUGCUUUAUAGCGACGAGUCUGUUCUCGAGCAUCAUCAUGCCUACACGACUUUUCGCUUGAUUUCCAAGGAAAAAAACGCAAACAUCUUGCAGAAUCUAAAUUCCGCCGACUACCGCCACUUUCGUAAGAUGGUGAUAACCGCGAUUCUGGGCACGGAUAUGGCGCAUCAUUUCAAGUUCCUAGAGAAGAUUAAAAAAGUAAUACGCCCUCCCAGCCAUCAUGUUGACACGACUGCGAUCUCAGCCGCCAAGCGUGACAACUCGAGUGUCACUGCCAUAAUUGCGGUGAGUAGCGGAGCGAAGCCAAGGCUUGAUAUCACGACAGCUAACGAUCAAGAAAAACAAGGCUCCGAGAUUCUAAACGUGUUGCGUGACGCUGUAAUGCAGCCUGAAGUAAAUACGGUGGUGACUUCGCUUGGAAACACUGUUGGUUCCCCAACUAGUUUCUACUUGACCGCUGGUGCAAAAUGCACUCCUAGUCGUUCGUCAAGUGGGCAAUUGACUAAGGGCGGCUGGAUGUACAACGGUACUGUGGAAGACCGUCUAUUCCUCGUGAAAACGCUUGUACACGCGAGUGACCUAUCAGGCCAAGUCUUUCCGAAACCUAUCGCUUUGAAGUGGAGCAAUAUGAUCUCAAAAGAGUUCGCAUAUCAAGCGCUGAUGGAGCAGGCUGAAAACAUACCGAUCUCGUAUAGAAACAUCGAUGAUCCACUGAAAAUGGUUGAAGGGCAGCUCUUCUUCGCGCAGAAGAUCGUGUCACCACUUUGGGACCUCAUGUACAUUAUGUUUCCGGAUAUUGACGAGUGCAUGCUGAAUUUGAGAUCGAAUGUUGCUCAUUACGAGCAGGAGCUGCAGCGCCUUCAGGAUGCACGCUCUGAGGUGGACCUGAACGCUGAUCAGGCAGGAGAGCAGAGUGAUGAGCAGGAGCGACAGUACGAAGAACAGGAGACUCAUGAUAGGAUGGCACGUCGUAAUUCUAUGUGCGGCUGCGAAUACGAGGGUGUGGCGGUACCGGGACUUGCUAGACAUAAUCCAGCGAAGUUUAACUCGUUCCGCACUAUACCGGAGGAUGGUAGCAAUAUUGAAAAUGCCGAGGCAAGUUUAGAUGGUGAGCUUAGUGUCCGAUCUAGCGUUCUUGUGGCGGCGGAAAAGUCUCGGAAGUCAACCCGUUCAAGGUCGAGCAGUAUUAGCAGUAGUAGUAGUAAUAGUAGCGAAUUGGAGGUAGACGAGCAAUCGCUCGUUGUGUACGAAUAA